AUGGCUCCUACAAACUACAAGUCCAGCGAAUACGUCGAUGACUCCGAUCUAGAAGAAGAUCAAGAACAAGUCUUUGAACCUCCGAAGCAUUAUCAUAAACUUUCACAUCCAUCAAAAAGCUUACCCAAAGCCAAAGAUAAGGAAAUAUGGUUGAUCAAAACACCCAAAGACUUCCCCCUUGAAAAAUUAAAGACUUUGCCUAUUGCUUUCACGAAGAAUAGAGUUGCUGAACCAUUUGAUAUAAGUGGGUCAUCAUACCAAGUAGAAGAAGAACUAAACCCGGCUGCUUCAUCUUCGAUUAUUCCCACAACUGAAAUAAAUAACAAGCAUACCAUAUUCAAAGCUAAGCAUAACUCAUAUAAGCCAACUGACCUUAAAAUUAGCCGCUUUUAUAAUAUCAAAGAAGUUGUCAAUAUUCCACAAAUUGAUUUUGAUAAAGCCAGGGCCCCCAGAGAAGAUGUUCCUCAGUUGAAGAGAUUGAGAAUGAGGCAUUACCCUACGGGAUACGGUGAAAAAGAUUUUGAAAUUACAUAUGAUGGUGACUCUGACGUAGAAGAGGGUAAAGCUAUUAAAAAGACGAAAGUCGAAGACGAAGCAACACACAAGGAAGUUCACAACGAUUCAAAACACAACAAGGAGAAGAAAGAGAAGAAAGACAAGAAGGAAAAGAAGGAGAAAAAGUCAAAGAAAGACCAUUAA